AUGGCAGACGCUAGUGACCUUGAUGCAGCGGCCGUAGCCGACUCACAGGUGCUUGGUGUUAUUGUUAUUGCGAGGAACGGCGACCGCGUGGAGUACUACCAGGACCCGAAGACAUACGAAGGUGGUGUAACCGAGACCACUGCAUUGGGUGAAGUCGAAUCCCACCAACUCGGCUCUGUCCUUCGUUCGGAAUACCUCUCGCCAACAUCUCCGUCCUACAUCGACGGCAUGCGCUCAGACCUCGUGGACAACAGCGAAAUCAAAGUUCGCGUCAAGAACGGAGGUGAAGGCACUGUUAUCUUCGACUCUGCUAUUGCUCUCCUCCAAGGUCUCUACCCGCCGAAUCCCAAAAACAAGAUUGUCUUGGCCAACGAUUCGGUGGUCACCGCGCCACUAGGUGGUUAUCAAUACGUUCCAGUUGAGACCGUCGAGCCAAGCAAUGACAGGAGCUUGGAGAGCUGGACUGAUUGCCCGGCAUUCGAAAAACAUAUCAGUGAAUUCUAUGCUUCAGACGAGUUCAAAGCAAAGGAAAAAGAUGCUCAGCCCUUCUUCAACUCGGUUAAGGACUUCGUCUUUGGACGUCCCACCACUUUGGAGAACGCAUGGAAUCUGUACGACUACAUCAACUCGGAACUCACGCACAACAAGACCUACGCUUACCGUCUCCCUCCCACACUCGUUGAGACUGCCCGUGGAUUGGCUGACUUCCACGAAAACGGAGUGUUCUCUGACAAGCAGAGCGGAGGCAUUGGAAACAUUGCCGGUCGCACCAUGCUUCACACAGUCCUCAAGGCCCUGGAGCGCGUUGCCUUCAACGACGACCCCCUUCAGUUUAUGCUCGUUGAGACCGGAUACCAACCAUUCAUCUCUUUGUUCCACGAGCUCGAGAUUGUUAAGGAACACCCUGAGCUUCAGGCCAUCCCCGACUUUGCAUCCGCCUUCGCUAUCGAGCUCAGACGAGGCUCUCCACCUGACGUCCGUGACUUCCUCCGAUUCAGGUUCAAGAACGGAACUGGAGGUGGUUUCAAGACCGUCUAUGUAUAUGGUAGACACGCAGACAUCCCAUUGACUGAAUUCAUCUACAAGGCCAAGGGCGGAGUCAUCUCCAGCAACAAACAAUGGGCGCAAGUUUGCGGUGGGAGUUCUUUCAUCAACUCGGAAUUAGGAUUCGUCGACCAGAUCACUUAUGCGGCUACUCAUCAAACCCUCUACACUGUUGCUUUUGCGUUCGUGACCUUCCUUAGCCUGUUCGUUCUUCGCAGUGUUUUUGUACGUGUUGUGAAAGCGACUGGUGAGAAAAUCAAGAACCUGCGACCUAAGAAAGUGCGUCUCGAGGGUGAAGAAAUCCUUAACGUCGACGCCUCGUCUGCUCAACUGUUGCCUGAUGAAAAGAUUCGUCGGGUUUGA